AUGGCCAGAGGAAGACCUGAGCUACAGGUCGCGCCAUGCCGGUUUUGCAAAAAACAAUUCAAGCGACUAGAACAUCUGCAGAGACAUGAGCGGAUUCGUUCGUACCCUACCUUCCUUACACAGCUGAAGGUUGCCUUGGCCAUAGAUACCCGGGAAAAGCCAUUUACCUGUCAAUGCGGUCGCACAUUCGCACGGCGGGACCUUCUUAGUCGCCACGAUCGGCUAUGCCAUCCACCUGAUGAUGCUGAAGAGCCCACGCCAUUGCGUACACCUUCACCGCAUGUGCAAACACAAGACGAAGUCAGGUUCGCAUCAGACUCGCAUGAAACGUUCGGUAACAGCCCAUCCCGAGAUAGACCAGGCCCGACGGCACUUGGGGACAGUCUCCCGCCAUCCUAUCCACCUGGUGUUUCUAAUGUUGAUGACUCGUUUGAGAUUCUGAACGGGCAGGAUCCCUGGACCGACGAUGUGUUUUCCUUCAAUAAUUACCCUGUCCAAAAUCAACCAGUGAACCAUGGUGAUAUGACAUACACACCAGACCUGGAGGACUUUGCUCCAUCUCACGAAUUUCAAUUCUCGGUGCCUGCGAAUCCGACAACGACGCAAGACCCACCGCUUCCUCCUCGUUUCCCUUCGGCUGACGAUCAAUUGCACAAUACCAAUCUCGAUGCGAGACUAGGUACUGUUCAGUGCCCUUGGAUAUUGUCCUGUACAGCCUACAAGCGCAUUUUGGAACAGGUGGCGCAGAACUCGUCAUGCUUGCCAAACUUCAAGACCCCGUCUAAAUUCACUCUUGUCCGUUAUCUCGAAGGCUACUUUCGUGGAUUCCAUGAUCAUCUACCUUUCAUCCACCUGCCAACAUUUGAUCCAGCCACCGUCGAGCUUGAGCUACUUUUCGCCCUUGCUGCCGUUGGUGCGGUGUAUCGUUUUGAACACGCAAAGGGCCACGAGCUCUAUAAUGCAGCCCGAUGCCUGGUUGACCGAAACUUCUACAACCACAGACAACACGCCAUGAAAACAAUGACUGCUGGGCUUGCACAUAGUGGACCAAAGAGAGCUUUCGAGGCAGCGAUGAACCCACAGAAUCGGCCUCAACAUGAGCCCCAUGAACAUGGAGACUCCUGGUUUCAAGAAGAGGGGACUUCAGGCACGUGUCUUCAAAGAACACAAGCAGUUCUCAUUCUUAUGGCCAUGAGCGCAUGGGGAGAAAAGGCGCUGGCUCGAGACAGUUUGGCCAUGGGGAGUCAACUUGCGGUGCUUGUGAGGGAGCUUGGAAUCAGUCAGUCAGAUGAUAUGACCGGUUUAGAGAUGACUUGGACGUCCUGGGUCAUGCAUGAGCAGAAGCGACGCACUUUACUGGUCGCUUAUAUUCUGUUCAAUCUUCAAAGUAUCACGUUCCACAUCCCACCUUUAAUUCUCAACCAAGAGGUCGCACUCUGUCUGCCAUCCUGCGAGUACGUCUGGAGAAUGGAUUCCUCGGCAGCUUGGGACCUUUAUCGCCAAACUUCAUCCGCUCGCGAAAAUGCUUUCAACAUCACACUGGAUCGGUUGCUCCACGGUCGAUCUGUUUCCGACUAUGGUGCCAUCUCGGCCUUUUCGAAUUAUGUGCUUAUACACGGACUCGUCCAGAAAAUAUACCUUGAACACCAAGCUGCGACCUGCCUUCCUCACAGCCCCUCUCCGAUGGAUUCGCGGUUAUUCAAAUCAUUAGAGGUGGCUUUGCGAUCCUGGCAAUCAUCUUGGGAGGCGACAUAUGAAUCGACGCUCGAUCCUUGUUCCCCCAAAGGCCCUCUAGGAUUCAAUGCGACCGCUCUGCUUCGUCUUGCAUACAUCCGACUGCAUACACAUUCUGGGUUGUGUCAUGAUCUGAUUUCCGUGAACCCUACUCAGAUUGGAAAACUCUUCUCGAAUUAUCUUCCUCCUCGCUCUCCAUCAAUGGACCGGGCGAUUUUACAAUGCAUUCACGCUUUAAGCAUUCCAGUCCGCGUCGGCAUUUCAUAUGUUGCAAGGACCCAAAGUCUGCACUGGAACAUUCAACAUUCAAUAUGCAGUCUAGAAUGUGCAUUUCUUCUCACCAGGUGGAUGCAAACGAUUGCUAGGGCUGUCCGCAUCGAAGGAUUGGGGGUUCUUCGUGCCGAUGAACGGAAACUACUUGCUAUGAUGACCAGUCUGGUUCGAGAGACCCACCUUCAAGACUCGCUGGAAUAUGAGGAAGAUCAUUCGACACACAUUACUCGCCUCGCGGCUUCAACUGCUCGUUUGUGGGCGGAAGUCGCAAGUGGUGUGCACGUCUUCGACCUCGCCCAUCGUAUCGGGACUUCUCUGUCUGUUCUUGCCGAUGUCUUGGAAUCUCAACUUCCUCCACGAUGUCAUAAUUCUUAA